GGGUGUUUUAUCUCAAGGAAUGAAUGAGUCUGGGAAGAUGAACAGCUAGACAUCUUUCACAGCCUGCUAUCACUGCUACUAAACAUCUGAGACAACUGGAAAUUGGUUCUUAAGUGGAUCAAAGGUCAUCCAUCUCUAGAUGUUGCAAAAGUCCUGGAACUAGAAGUGCCCUCUGAAUCAUCCCACAUGCAUUCUCGUAAAUUUAUCUGCCACUGUCAAAGAUGAAAUAUUUAGCUAAGUGCGCUAGUUUCCAUGCUAUGUGGAAUUGUGGUUGAUGAGAGGCGCAGAUUAGUCUCAGUCUCUGCACUGAGAGAGUCUUAUAUUCUUAGACAUUGUGUGCAGCAUGUUCAUACAGUACAGGAAGGCAAUGCACUCCACUGUCCCACUGUCACCUGAUCCCUCAAUUUGUUCUGGGAAAAAAAAGAUGGGGUGUAUACCUGCCCUGGAGAAUGGGGACACCACCCACACUAGCCAGUUGUGGCAAGAAGCUUGGUGCCACAGCCACACAUGUGAUCAAGAGGGUGGGGAUGUCUCAGAACAAACUCAGCAAGGAUGGUCCUACUGCCACCUCAUCUGAAUGUCCUGUAUGUUAUGAGCCAUUUCAGUCCCCAAAGGUCUCACGUCGGAUACUGAGCUGUGGGCACACCUUUUGUCAUGACUGUUUGGUCAAGUGCCUUCUGGUGUCACGGGAUGAAGGUCGGCUCCAGAACACCCUCACAUGCCCCAUCUGUCGUUUCGUGACCUUUCUUUGCAGGAGAAGGGCUCGCUGGCUGCCGAAGCCAGCCCUGAACCCUCCAGCUUUGGAGUUACCACUGUCACCUGCAUCUCUGGCCUGUGGAGUCCCCUUAAGUCCAUCAAACACUUUAGUUGUGCCUGGCCAUUUCCUAGCACCACUGUAUGGUUAUGACACCCACCAGAGUGUGUGUGGCUGCCCUGGCAUAGUGCAACCUGGUAGCUUGGAGCGGGAAUCCCACAUCUUCAUUAUCACUCAGUGUGGCAUGCCACUGAUUGAGGAAAACUAUGGUUCUGCCAUAGCUCAGAACAACAACGUGGAAGCUGCAGGAUCAGUGACAUCUUCAAGGUCUCUGGGUAUAGUAGGAUGUUUCCGAUCACCAAUCAUGCUGGCCAUUUUUCUUGUCUCUGCUGUUGCAUUAUUGGGGGCUGUCCUCCCAUGGCUAUUACUUGAGAGAAAGAAUGAAUGAAUAUGGUGUUGGGGGAUGGACUUACUUACAGAUCUAAUAUGAACAUAGUAAAUGGACUUCCUAUAAGCCCAAUAAAAAACAUGGUGGAGGAACUUCAUAAGCAGUAUAACACAAAUAUGGUGGAUGGACUUUCCUAGGAGUCUAAGAACAUGGUGGAAGAACUGCUCUAGAGUCCUAACAUGAAUGUGAUGGAUUGAAAUUGUAAUAUGGGCCUAAUAUGCAGGUUCCUCCUCUCUCUCUUGUGGACCUGCAGUACCUCAUGGCCCACUUUUUGCCUUGCUCCAUGUGAAAUAUCAGGAAAAUACAAAGAUUUUCAAGGCUUAGAUCUAUGGGAGAUUUGUGAAGGAAACUGCAGGAGAUGAUUUCAUUCCUCUUUGGUCCAGAUUAAUAGUGUCUCAGAAAUGGUUAAGAAGAACAAGGAAAGACUCUGAGAGAAAGGGUUUAAUCAUUUUGUUAAGAGCAUUAUUUAUUUGUUAUGUGAAUAGUCUUGCCCUUCCUCCAGGGAACUCAGAGGGACUUCAUUAUCAUUUCCCAGUUCCCCUGGGGAGUUAGACAGGGUGAGUAGAGUGGUGGUGGUGUUUCCCAUGGCCACCAGGUCAAAUUCCACAGAUGACCAGGGAUCUGAACCCACAUUCUGUAUAUCCAAAUCCAACCCUCUAGCCACCUCUGGAAGCAAAUGGUGAACUCCUAGGGAGGUGGAAGUGUUGACAGAAGCAUUUCUUGCCAGCUCCAUGUAAUCCCAUCUCUUAUGCCAGUAGCAAUAAUUAUAAAAAUAAAUGACAGUCUUUAAAAGAAGGCAAAGACAGCCUGGGCAGUUACAACACUAAGAGACUCCUCUUGCCCAGACAGCUUCUAGAUUUUUGACUUCAUUGCUCUGAGAAGGAUUUCCAUCUUCUGCACUAGACAGGGCUCCAUCACUCCAGGAUAGAUACUGAUGUCUGUUUCUCCUGUUUGGUGGGGAAAGGCUCUUCCAGCUUUUUAUCCAGAGUGCAGCACAAGUGAGAGAAGGACCCCUAGUUGGGUUGCAGUUCAGCCCCAGCUUUUAUAAUAUGCAUUUUCCAUACAGUUAUUAACCUUCAUCAGAUGUUGUGGCAGGAAGACCAUCUAACAGUGUACUUCAUGUAACCGUCAGUCUCUGAUGAUUUAUUUUAAAUUUGUUGUUAUUUUGCUUUUGUAACUUCUGUGUUUUUUCUACUUUUGAUA